AUGAAGUCAGUUACAACACGUGUAUUUGAUAAAGUCAGUUACAACACGCAUGUAGCUAUCAUUUAUGCCUAUAAUCCACCAACUCCAACAAAUGCUACCAUUGAGCUUGGCCUGCAAAAAGUCUUAUCAGAAUACAGAGAAUGGGCAGGAAGAUUAGGAGAAGAUGAAAAUGGCGAUCCUGUCAUUUUUCUAAAUGACAAAGGGGUGAAUUUUGUUGAGGCAUCGACUGAUAUUAAGCUUGAACAAGUCAUGCCUUUGCAGCCAUCUCCAUUUUUACUUAGUCUUCACCCUAAGGCAAAUGAUGUGGAGGCAUUAUUGCAAGUUCAACUCACUAGAUUCGCUUGUGGCUCACUGGUGAUUGGCUUCACAGGCCAUCAUUUAGUAGCUGAUGGGCACUCCGCUAGCAAUUUUUUGGUUGCUUGGGGGAAAGCCUACUAGAUGGACUUGACAUAAACCCUCUUCCCUCUUCAUGAUCGAACCAUUUUUAACCCUAGAA